GCAUGGUGCUGCCAGAUCUUGCAUCAAACUGCCAGAAGCGGUCUGGCCACACUGUAUUCAGGCGCAGUCAGCGGUCGAAUUCGCGAAUUUCACAAAGGUGGCGGCAAACAAAUUGCAGGCUUUAAACAGCACAUCACAGCCAUGGCGGAUACUAGCGGAGCAGAACAGGACACAGGCGAUGUAAUCCGCAUCAUGGUGGCCACCGACAACCACCUUGGCUAUGGCGAAAAGGAUGCUAUUAGGGGCGAGGACAGCUUUACGGCAUUCGAGGAGAUCCUGGAACUGGCUGUGUCCGAGGACGUAGACAUGAUCCUUCUGGGCGGAGACCUCUUCCACGACGCCGUGCCCAGCCAAAAUUCCCUGCACAAAUGCAUGGAAUUGCUGCGUAGAUACACCUUCGGGGAUCGGCCUAUUUCCCUGCAGAUUUUAAGCGAUCAAGCGGAGAGCUUCCACAACUCUGUGAACCAGUCGGUCAACUAUAUGGAUCCCAACCUGAACAUUUCCAUACCGGUCUUCUCUAUCCAUGGCAACCACGACGAUCCAAGUGGCUUCGGAAGACUUAGCUCUCUGGAUCUUCUAAGCACCACUGGUCUGGUGAACUAUUUUGGCCGCUGGACGGAUCUAAGCCAAGUAGAAAUCAAACCAGUCUUAAUACGCAAAGGCGUCAGCCAACUGGCGCUCUACGGACUAAGCCACAUCCACGAUGCCCGGCUGGCACGGCUAGUUAAGGACUUUAAAGUGAACUUUUUCUGUCCCGAAUCUAAUAAGGAAAAUGAGUCCGAUGAGGAUGACUGGUUUCAUCUUCUUGUGGUGCAUCAGAAUCGAGCUGAUCGCGGACCAAAAAACUACUUGCCUGAAAACUCGCUUCCUGCAUUCCUGCAUUUGGUAAUCUGGGGUCACGAGCACGACUGCAGGAUAGAACCGGAGCUGAACCCCAAGGGUUUCUAUGUCUCGCAGCCGGGGUCGUCGGUUCCCACCUCACUGUCUCACGGCGAGUCCAUAAAGAAACACGUCGGUCUGUUGGAGAUCUAUAAGAACAAGUUUAAGCUCAAGGAGCUGCCGUUGCAGACAGUGCGUCCCUUUGUCCACGAAUCCGUGGUUCUUGCAGACAUUGCUGACGAGCUGGAAUUGACACAGGGGAACGCAUCCGCAAACGUGCACAAGUAUGCCAAAAAGCGCGUGGAGGCCAUGAUAGAGCAGGCAAAGGCUCAGCUUACGGGUCACCCACAACAGCCCACAUUGCCCCUCAUCCGGCUACGUCUUCUCUAUACGGAUGAGACCUGUAUGUUUAAUACUAUUCGCUUCUCGCAGAUGUUCAGCACACAGGUUGCCAAUGCUCAGGACGUGGUGCUGUUCAGUAAGAUCGCCAAGCGCAAGACAGAGAAGGAGGGGCUGCAAAGUUUGGACAAAGAGGCUAUGCGAAAGGCUAUGGAGGCGGAAAAUGCUACUCGCGUGGAAGAACUCGUCGCUCGCUACUUCGAUGGAGCCAAUACGAAGAAUCCCCUGAAGCUGUUCCACUCUAAGGCUCUGUCCGAGAUGACCUUUCGUCUGGUGGAGCGUAAAGAUGCCAAUGCUGCCGAUCAUAUUGUGAAGUUCUACAGGGAAAAGGCUGUGGAUCAUUUAAUGGACUCCAUGCCCUUUGAGGAGAACGUUGGCGAAGAGGUGAACAGUUGGAUGCUCCGCAGCAAGCACGAGAAUCUGUUGAAGGAGCUCGACUCAAGGGGCACCAGUGUAAAGAAGGACAAUAAGUCUCCUAACGCAAGCACAGCCACAACAACCGGGCGAGGGCGUGGCGGCCGUGGUGGAGGCCGUGGACGGGCUACGGCCACUGCAACCACACGGGGAAAGGGUCAGUUGGAUGUCACCGUUAAUACCACUCGCACUUCGUCGAGACAAACUUUGUUAAACAGUAUAAAACCUAAGAAAAAUACUCCAACAUAUGUUGUAGAUGAUUCCGAUUCAGAUUAACUCACAUUCCAGAGUCCUGAUAAAAGUUAAAG